CCAAGCGCCACAUAAAAUGCGAAACACGCACCGCACGCGUUCAGUAUUGACGACGACGCCGAAAGGAGCACAACCGAGUCAAAAUUGAGUGCCACAGCGGAAGUGUAUACAUGGCAGUGAUAAAUGUGAAGGAGUAUAGUUAGUGGCCGGUAGUGACUACCCACUGGCGGAAGCACAAAAAGCGAAUGUGUGGGUGUUAACAAAUGUUUAGAAAAAAUAAUAUAUAUAUAUAUUUGGGUUAUAAGAAUUAACUGUGCGGACACUGUGAAGAUACCAAAGUUCUGAAGCAUACGUUUAACACAUAUUUGUUUGAUAACAAAUUAUUUAUCGGUAUAUUGGUGUUCCAAUGCUUUGGUGAACUAAUUUUGACAUAUGUUAUAUUUAUUAUAUUUAUUGGCGUACAAUAAUAAGUGAAUAUAAACAUCGCCUUAAAAUGAGUGGUGACAAAAAAUAAUUUCAAGCCGCACCAAUAUUGUUGUGAUGUGAUUAGUACUUUUUUAAGGAAUUUUACAUUGAGGUAAAAUAACGAAAGUUGGAGGCAGCUGUGAAUGGGAGAGCUAUAACUAAAGAGUUCAAAAGUUUUAAAUAACAGUGAAGCGAAGAAAUGCAACCAAUUUGAGUGGAAAAAAGUGAGAGUUUUUACAAACGUGGAAGUGUGGACCGAUGUAAAUUUGCGUUGGAGCGUGUUUUUGGAAAUUAUUCAGCCAAAGGAAUUUUUUGGGACCAAAAUAGAUAAGCAGGGGACAAAGUCAAUCAUGAUAAUAAACAUAACGCACUCAGAACCUGCACUGGAUGUAGGUGUUUCCUCUACCGACUCAGGAAUGGAAAUGUUUAAUUCCAUCUCAACUGCAAGUGGAGAGGGCGCUCCUUUGGUAGAUUACAUGGAAGUAGAUAUUAACAACUUAACCGCACAGUCGAAUACAAGUCUCUUCGUUUCGCAGGGAAAGAGACUCGUUGACCGGUUUUCAAGGAAUCGCGCCAUCAGCGAUCAGUGGCAUUACGCACUAAUAAGUAUAUACUUGGGUAUGAUUAUAUUUGGCACAGUCGGCAACAUAUUCGUCGCGAUUGCGGUGGUGAGAAAGCCAAUAAUGCGCACCGCCCGCAACCUUUUCAUUCUGAAUUUAGCUAUUUCGGAUUUACUGUUAUGUGUAAUAACCAUGCCAAUAACGUUGUUGGAAAUCCUCUCAAAGUACUGGCCUUUCGGCAUGUUGGAAGUAAUAUGCAAAUUAGUAGCCAUGCUGCAGGCGGUGAGCAUUUUCGUGUCGACCAUCUCCAUAACAGCCAUUGCCUUUGACAGGUAUCAGCUUAUUGUAUAUCCGACACGGGACAGCAUUCAGGUUGGUGGAGUCAUAUCUAUACUCGCUGGCAUCUGGUUGUUCGCCGUGCUAUUGGCCAGUCCUCUCUUCAUCUACAAACGCUUGGAGCAAGCAGAAAUUCCGCCACUACUGCAAUCCUUAGGCAUCCAUGGUGUAUGCUUUUGCGUCGAAGAUUGGCCCGUGAGUCAUGGACGAUUUUACUAUUCGAUAUUUUCGCUAUGCGUGCAAUAUUUGGUGCCAAUACUGAUUGUAUCCGGUGCAUAUUCCGGCAUCUAUAGGAAAUUACGAAGUCGCACCACAGUGGUGGCGAUGCAAACGCCACAACGUAAGGCAGAACGUGGUCGACGUAUGCAACGGACAAAUUGCUUAUUGAUAACUAUUGCACUGAUUUUCGGCAUAUCAUGGAUGCCCUUAAAUGUUUACAAUUUAUAUGCGGAUAUGCGGAGUCCAAUUGCGGUGACGGAGCGCAUGCUUGUUAUAUAUGCUUGUUGUCACAUGUUCGGCAUGAGUUCCGCUUGCACAAAUCCUCUGCUCUAUGGAUGGCUGAAUGAUAAUUUCCGUAAAGAAUUUAGGGAAUUAAUAUGUGGUUCUAAAGAAAACACUAUUGUUGCUCUUAACGGUCACACGACAGGCAGUGGACAGACACGUCGGAGACAAAAGCACGCCGAAGUAGCCAAAGUUGAUUUGAAGUUGUUGCCCAACAACAAUGCCGUUGGUUUACGAAGUGCCGUGACCGAGUCGAUAGCGCUGACAGAAAAUCUAAUUUCGAUUGAAGUGACAACGCUGACUGCGGUAAAUUGACAACUAAAACCAAAACAAAAACACCGACAACAGAAAAAGCAACACUCCUGUAAUAUUAAUAGGCAAGAAAGCAUGGGUUUAACUGUAUAAAAUAAAUUAAUUUAAGGGAUGCACAUAUGUAAUUUAUUUAUAUAUGUAGAACUUAAUUGCUAUUCUGUAGCAAAAACAAAUCGUCUUGAAAUAUGUAUGCAUGUGUUUAAUGCGUUUUGAAGUUCAAUAUAAUAUAUAAAUUUCAAAGAUUUAUUAAUUCAGUGUAAAAUACGUACACUUUAUUAUUGAACAUAUAUUUAAAAUACAAGUAUAUGUAUGUACAUAAACCUACGCAGUUAUUUAGCUUUUUUUCGGUUUUCAUUAUGUGCUUAUUCUUCCGAUUUGUAUACAAGUAUAACAUAAAUAACUAUAUGAAAUGUAUAACUAUGAAAUAACUAAUUGGAACGAGACUUGCCCAGAAUGUUCGAUCUACCAUAUAUAUGUAUGUAUGUAUUUUAAAUAUCCAAAGAUAUUACCAAUUCAUUUCGAUAUCACUAAUUUGGCAGUAGUACACAUUACGUACUGAAAUUUCAAUCUAGACAUAUUUCAUUCCAACUUGAUGAUGGAAUUUAAAUUUUUCUCUAUGUCGCCAAUCGUUAGAACUAUCAUUAAAUAUCAUAAUUAACAAAAAAACAUUGUCAUUAAAAACAAGAGUGUUUUUGAGCGUCGAGGUCUAAAACUGAUCUUCUUCAGAAACAAAAAAUUUCAAAAGCUAAGUUUUAGAAUUCCGCUAUAAGAAAGGUUUUUAAGAGAGUCAUCUCGAGAAUAUGGUAUAGUUUUUUUAAUCUAAAGUGUGAGUCUGAUAAAUAAACGUGCUGGCAGGAUUAUUAAAAUCGCAAGAGAAUGAUGACCAUCGUUACAACAGUUCUGGGUAAGGUAUAAUAGAAAAGGAAGCCGUCAAAAUAAUUAUCUUAAACGAGCUAAGAAGUUAAAAUUAACGAAAUCAGCUUGAAAGCUUACUUUUGAGGCAGUACUUUCGUGAGUUGAGUAUUAGUGUUCGUUUUUAUAACAAUCUUUGCCAAUGCACAACGUUUUGUGCCAUUUUAUACGCGUAUGAUAAAAACACACCUUAACUGCUUGGGUAGCUUCCUAGGGUUAUACCCGAUAUUAUUGUUCGUACCUGCCACGCUAGAACCGGUUGGAGGGAUUUUGUUGCAGUUGCGAGACUUAAGUAGUUUCGUGCAAUAUGCUUCUAAAAGAUAAUUGGUCAGACUGUUUUUGGCUUGCUAAAGAAUGAAGACGCCCUGCUAUAUAAUAAUAUCUACCAUGUGCCUAUAUGAAGGUAACUCACCACAAUUUUUUACCACGAAUACUAACACGAUACAAUGAGGUAGAAUCCCACGUUUCCUCGACACUGCCCAUGCUCUUUAUGUAGUUUUAAGAUAUGUGUGAUUUACUCAUAUAUAUUUUAUGCUUUCUCUGUGAUUAGCAGCGUUUUACUAUUCCCAUAGGUCCAAUUGUAUCGAAAUUGGUUCCUAUUGUGCACAGGCUAUUAUUUUUGCACCUUACCUCCAGUAAGUCGUUAUAGGUAUCAAAUGGUGAUAAUAUUCAGCUCAACAUGACAUUCUCAUGAUUUUCCCCAAUCGUAAAGGAUAACUUUAGGAUCGCUUUUCCCGCAUUGUUUCUGUUACUUUAUAUCAAGUUUAUUCAAAACUCGCAGUAAAUCCCAAUCCCCAAAAAUUUUAGUAACAUUUUUUUUUAUUUUGUAAUCGCAAAUACGGGUUAUAAAAAAUUUAACCCCACAUACCAGAUUGAAAAAUAAAAAAGGAAAAUUUGAAUCUCAUGCAUAUUAUUAAGAAUUAAAAACAAAAUUUGUUUUAGAAUUAAAAUAUAAAAUUUUUAUUAAAAAAAUUAAAUUGAAUUUUUAUUUUGAAUUUUAUACCACAAAAUAUGUAACCCUGCCAUCAACUAAGUCCAAUUUUCUUAAUAUUAUAAGAUAGUAUAAGGACUUGCAAAAAUCUACGUUAGUCAUCAUCAUCCAAUCCAAAACAAUGGCUACUAAUGUUCCUUCCUCAUCACACAUUUUUUUUAAUCUAUUCCGGUAAAGGUUUUUUAGUUGUUUUAUAAUACCGUCUUUUCCUGAUGAGCACUAAUGUUUGGUUAACUGGGAAAAGUGGGACAAUAGGCAUUUUUUGCACUUCGGUUAUCAAGCAGAUAAAUCAUAUCGUCUUCUUUUGCUGCAUAACCACGUAGCGUGAACAGCCCAUGACUCUCCUCCCAUUAAAAAACUUCGUCAAUAUCUGCUUUGCGAUGCCUUACUUAAUUGUACAAGGAGCAAGUUUUAGUAAUUUUGACAUCUGCGAAUCAUCAUUAAGCAGCGGCAAAAUAACUGUGUCCUUUUCAUCAAUACCUUCUUCACUUCAUUCACAGCGUCUUCGAGUCCCAAAAAACGAUUUGCAUCUUUAAAUUUUACAAUUUUGUAGUAUUAUCCAAAAUCUUAUCUUAAGUGAAGAUAAUAUCACAACGUGACUAGUAAUCAAAAUUAAGUAUUUCUUUUUAGGCAAGGAUUGAAGUGGUGUCGUUUAGAAAGUACAGAGAGCGCAAAGCAUACAUUUGCUCAAUCCUGUGCUUCCUAAAUGAUAUAAAUAGAUAUAAACGAGUAUUUUUUAAUUUUUACAAUUUGCAAUUAAAUACCAAUGGGUCAACAGGUGAAAUAAUUAUAAAUUGGGAAAGACUAAGUUCAGGCGCAGUCGAACAUGAGAUACAAUAUUAGACAAACUUGUGAACUGAAAAUCUGACAGCUCAGUUUCAUUAGAAUUUCUGGUUUAAUUUAUCAAAUAUAGUAGUUGCUGUACAGAAGUAAGUGCAUUUAUCAUACUAUAGCUGGAGGAACAUAUAAACACUGUAAAAAAGUUUACUUAAUCCUAGUACCAUUCAUUAAAUUUUAAAACCACAUUUUUUAAAUUCAUUAAUAUAUUGCACUCUCACUAGCAUAAUAUUUACCGUAUUACCGUCCGGGCUACCAAGGAUGAAGAUUCCUUACACAUUGAGAGAUAUGUAUAUAUAUGCCUAAUAAAUUUAGCUAGAUAUAAUAUGAUAGCUAUAUGGAAGCUCAGGAUCAAAAGAAUCGAUUUUUCCAUUUUUAGCUUCCAACCAUAUUAUGAUGAUUAAUAUCGUAAGUCUAUGUAAUUUAAAGAUAUAUUUCCCUUACAAAAUCAUAAUAUUAAGAGGGGCUUAAUCGUUUUCGCCAAUUUAAAACAAUACACCAGAGUUUCUAAUAGAAAACACGCCAACUUACAUUUGUUAACUUUCUUAAUGUAUGAUUAUGAUCAUAUUGAUUUUAAGGCGUUUUUAGUAUUUCAUACCAAACCCUUUUGUAUUCCAGAAAAUAUGGCACAUACCCUCAUCUUUUCUCGUCAUAACUUCACAGUUUUUUUCUAUUACAACCAAAGUAAACCCAUGCGAACUUUUGAAAAUACGGUAUGUUGCUUAAACUUUGCACCAAAUGUACCAUUGCUUAUACUCAUCAUAUAUACACUUAUACAUAAUAUAUACACUCAUACAUAAUUUUAAUUUAUUGGGCUGUUAUAAACUUCUAUGCGUGUAAUAUUUACGAACAUUUAAAUAAAUAGAAAGUAGUACUAUAUAUGUUUAACGAAUAGUAAAAGUUUGCUUAUGCUAUUUUCAAAAUAAAAGCUUUUAGUAUCUGACAGCUUCAGUGAAAUAUACCAAAUGUAUUAUAAAAAGUAUUCCAUGUUAAUAUACUCGUAAUAUUUGUUUUACAUUUCACUUCCUCGUUAUUCUCUUCUCUUUACAUGCAAAUGCCAUAAACACUAUUUUUCAGGAACAGUAUAUGCUGAAUUCGAUGGAAAUACUGUAAUAUAAUAUGUGAGUGUGCCUGUGUUGUUAUAUGGAAAACUUUCCUGCCAAAUUCUAUCCUGAUAUCUUAGUAUGUACAUAAACAAAUGAAAGAAUAUCUUACACACUGUUAAAAACUGUUCACCAAAAAACAAACAAAAACUUCUUAAGUUAAUAUGUAAUUGAAAAAUACAAAAAAAAAGUGCACUGGUUUCUAAGUAUUAAGGUAUAAUUGUAAAUAAUAAUAAUAAUAAAAAUUUUAAAAUAUAAUGAAAAGUUGACAAGGAUAGAUAAUAUACUAUGUAAGUACUUAUUAAUAUUAGAGAUGACAUGAUACGACACCCAUUUUAUUUUUUUGUUUUGCUUUGCCUCCAUUACUACCAAAACCGCUAUAAAUUAAGGUUUAUUUAACGCUCUCGAGCGCGAAAAUCAACCGCUUAAGAUGAAAAUUUGAAAAUUAGUGUGUGUACCUAUUUGACAUCAGUAAACAUAAUUUUCUGUAAAUCAUUUAAUUAGAUGUUAUUCGAUGUCCCUUAUAUGGGACAUCAUAAGUCUGGGUAUUAAUAUUCAUGCAACUAUGCCACUAAAUAUUUUCGUUACUUGAAAUCAGUUUUUAUUCAAAAAUAUUCACUUCAGCUAACACAUUCUAUAAUUUAUUAGUUUAUGCAAAAACGUAUAAAUAUGGUAUAUACACACAUAUGAAUAAGAAAUAUAUAUGUUAUGAUCAUUCCUAC